CUGUUUAAAAUUAGGGAAGAAGCCAAAGCUGAGACACACCCGUAGUUUCGAACAGCCUUGUAGACCCUCCGUAGCAUUGCAUGCUGUUUAAUUAGUGUACCUGUCUGUAAUUGCAUUCGUCACAAAUGAGUGACGUCCGUUUGUGUGGAGCGUCAUUGUUCUGCUCGUGUUUGACUAUCGGCGGAUCAGUUUUCAGUUGGGCCUCAGUGGAUGAAAACAUCUGUGCGCUGUUAUGCGGUAAUAACAGGGACUUACACACGGCAUACGCAUGCAUGACUGCAAUGAAUAUGAAACUACCGGUAUGGGUGGCUGUGGUGUGCAGUCUUCACACGAUCAGAGAAACGAGCUCGAUGUCAAGUGAGGCAACACCUUUAGAGCGCAACACCGAGCUCGAAAAUAAGACCAGAGAUCUGUUCGAGAGCCUCCUGGAUGGUUACGACAGGAAAAUCCGGCCUUUCUUCGGCACUGGUCGGCCUGUGGACGUGAAGGUGGAUAUCUACCUGGCUAGCUUCGACAACAUAAACGAAGCGGGCAUGGAGUACGGCGUGACGAUCUACCUCCGUCAGCAAUGGAACGACCCUCGCCUGCGCCACCCUGGCGACGUGCCCCUGCCGCCCACCUCCCACUACGUAGACCACCUCUGGGUACCAGACCUCAUCGUCACCAAUGCAAAGUUUGCCGAGUUCAAAGACGUGACUUUCCUGAAUCGCGUGGUAGACAUUGAUGAAGAUGGGACUGUACUUUACGUCUGUAGGCUGGCCUUGCAGUUAUCGUGCUCCAUGGAUUUCCAUCGUUUCCCCAUGGACAGUCAGGGCUGCGAAAUCGAACUUGAAGGCUUUGAGUACACCACAGACGACCUAAUCUACCAUUGGGAUAUAGAAAUGCCAGUGGAAUACCAUCACAAUCACCUCAAACUGCCGCAGUAUAACCUGGACGGUAGCAAUGUGCACACGUGCUCGCGAGUCCUGCGCACAGGAAACUACUCCUGCAUCGGCCUUAGACUCAUCUUCAGCCGUAAGAUUGGCUACUACAUGCUGCAGACCUAUGUCCCCAGCGUCCUGUUGGUGGUCAUGUCAUGGGUCUCCUUCUGGAUACAGAUCAAGGGAUCCCCGGCCCGUGUGGCACUGGGUGUGACCACGGUUCUGACCAUGAUCACCACCACCAACGGGGUCAGACAGAACCUGCCGCCAGUUUCGUACAUCAAGGCCAUCGACGUGUGGUUCGCUUUCUGCCUGCUUUUCGUCAUUGGUGCUCUGAUGGAGUUUGCUCUGGUGCAUUACCUAGUGGACCAUAAACCCAGCAUCAACAUCAAAGACCGCAUCAGCUCACUUAAGCGGAAACAAUCAGUAGAGGGCGCACCUCCAUCCCCUACAACACGCAAGCAGACUGAGGGAGGCGACAAAAACUGCAUCGUCCUCACGAUAGAGAACAAACCUACCACCAUCAGGCGCGCCCUCAGCGGCAACACAUCCAAACAGGCGCCACCAAGCGACACCAAUUCAAACGAAGUCAUCUCAGUGGACAAACUGACGGAAUCCGAGCAAGAUGAUGUGGUUGAAGAACAGGGGGCGUACGUGAACCACGCCCACUUUGAGAUGGAGACAAUGGCUGACCACACCCAAAGACAGGUGACAGUGAACGGUGAGACAGUGAACCCAUCCUCCCGUGUGGUCUGCGUCAGCGGCACGUGCGGCGCCAAGCGCAAGCAGCCCUUCCUGGACACGGGCAAGCGGAUCGACGGCAUCUGCCGAUGGGCAUUCCCGCUGGCCUUCAUCAUCUUCAACUUCGGGUACUGGAUCGGCUACGCGCAGGAGCAUGAGACACCACAGUUUGUCCCGUGAUCUGCUUGGCGGUUGGGUGGUGCCGUGGGACAGUAUAGAGGCGGUGUGGAGAUGUUUUUCCCCCAACUGUUUGAAAGUAAUAUAGGCCAAAUUCUAAAAAUGUAUCUCAUAAAUAUAUUAAUGAUUCGCAUAAACAAAUUGACAUCCUGGAUGACAGUACGACAGUGAUAAUAUACAAAAGGUAAUUUUGUACACAUUUUGUAAUCAAAUUUACAAAAGCACAAGAA